CCCACCUUUGGGGCUGUCGACCUUGUAUUCAGUAGGUGUUCCCCACUCACAUCUGCCUCUCGCCGUCCUUGAUUUCACCCUCCCCCAACCCCAUCCGCCCUCCACCCCCUUGUGUUUCACCCACCCCCCACUGCUGUUACCCCUCCCUGGCAUCACCCUUCCCCACUCCCUGACAGCACACUCCCUCAUCCCCAUACUUUAUCCCCGAUCUUGGAAAUCAGCCCUCCACUCUCCCACCAGCCAUCCUUCUUCUAUGCAUUCACCCUACACAUCUCUUGUCUGCCUUAUCACCUCAUAGGAUUCCCCCUUCCCCACUCCCAUCCUCCCCUUCCCCUUCGGGUUGUCCCUUAACCCACCCCGACCCUCCCAAACGCCCUAACCACCCCGUGUACCCGACACCGUCCCCCACAGGCGGCCCUCCUUGGCAAGAGGGUCAUGACGAAGACUUGCAGGCGCAUGGUGGUGGGGGACCAGCUGGACACCGUUUUCGUGUCCUACAUACGUACUGCUGGCAUGGAGGCGAUGCGAGAGAUGGCAAACAAGAUGGACCUCGCCAACAUCACGACGCGCACUAUCUGGGUGCACACGGCCAUGGCCAUCCCCCCCCACGACCGCAUGGAGUGGACGGCCAAGGGACAGUUUGUGAAGGCGACCCCGCAUGAGUGGCUCUUCUCCGACGUCUCUAUCAAGCCCGCAGAUGGAGUCGGCCCACCGUGGUACGGCCGGGCCCUCGUGCUGUUCCACUACCUUGACGAUGCAGGUGUGGAGGGUCGUGCCGCCUACAUUCAGUACUACACCGAGCACCCGCGGCCAUGCCCGGACACCGGGUGCAAGCGCCUGAGCCCAACGACGGGCAUCGACAACUACGCUGUCAUUGACAUGGAUUGCAUCCUAAGCCUUGCCCAUGUAGUCCCAAGCUGCACAGAGCCUGAGUACCGGCUUGUUAACCGUUUUCUCUUCUGACUCGACAUGCACGUGCCACCCUGACUUUAUAAAUUACAUUGAUUACG